AUGCGCAAAUAGUAGUAUGGAUCUGUUUAUUUCUCUAGUGAAGAAGGAAUUGGCUCUAUCAAAGGAUGGGUUGAAACUGGAAGAAGCAGUAAGUAGGGUUAGCGAGUACACUGGAUAUGUGCCGCCUCUCCAAUAUAAUACCCUUAGUCAUCUUGUGGAGGAAUUGUUGACAAGAAAGGAGUUUCAACUUGAAGGUGGUUGCCAACUACCCGAAAGUUUUCAUAUACGGAGUGAUAAUUUUACGUCGGAUUAUCGUAGCCACUUAGCGAAAGCUUUCGAUGCAGAACAGGUAGAAGAGCAGGCUGUACGUCAAUCACUGUUGAACUGUUCUUGGAGUUGCUCGGAAACAGUAUUUCUUAGAGUAUGUGGUUUCUCAGAACUGGAGCAAGCACAAAUUUCCUCGGAAAGUUUUCGAAUAUUGACUAUUAUUGCCAAGUAUUCUCACCAAGGUGGAAUUCGCCAAAGUUAUUUGGCUAAACUUGCUUCUGUGGACCCUCAUACGUUACAUCACCACAUCAGAGUCCUUAGAAACAUGAGACUGAUAACCAGAAAGAGAGAAAUUCGGAACUCUGGGGACAACAACAAACCAAUGAGAACGUACAAAAUCUGUCUGAAUUCUUUUCGUUUCAAAUCAAACGGAUCAUUGGGAGACGACUCAGAAUGUCAUGGAGUAAAACAGGAAACCUUAAAAUACUCACAAAGCACUACGUUGAAAAGCAAUGAUAGCGCAGACCUAAAUACCUCAGAUACAGAAGUUGUAUUCGACUAUACUACACAUCUGAGAAACAUUCUAGAAACUCUUUUCGAGAAAGACGGAUAUACGAUGGCUCUCAAUAGUUUGAAAGAAGAAUUUCUUAAAGAGCUAGAAGAGACAUUUUCAGAAAGUAAGGAGUAUAGCAUGCGAGGCAAGGCAUUGCGCUACUGGAGAAAUGCGAUUAACAAGUUAGAGGAAAGGAACAUGAUUGAGAGAUUUAUUUUGAAUGCAAAUGAUGAGGAGAUUUCUGAAGAGGUCGAAUAUGUUCGUUUAAAAAUGUUUGAAGCGACUAAUGACCGUUCUCUAAGGUCGGAAGAAAGGAGUGUAUUGCAACAUCGCCUUUUAUGGGAAAGGACUUUGGAGUUUCAGGUUUUAGCCUUAAUUGUUGAGUCUGGUGAAAAAGGCAUAAGCCAGAGAGAACUACUUGGCAGACUCGGAUGCAAGGCAUCGAGAAAAGUCAUCUCUUCUGUUUGUAGAGGUUUGUUGACCAACUUGGGGUUCAAGGCGAAGAGUUUACAGGAAGGAAAGCAAGCUGUCCAUUACUAUGUUUCUCCUGAGCAUUUCCGAUAUCUCGACUUGAACAACGCGAACUUUGUGGAAAUGAAAAGAUUUUAUGAGAAUUCUCAUCUGUGCUCCAGAACUCAGCAAGUUACGAAUUUACAGAACGAAUUGCGAACCAAGAAUCUACUGGAACACAUCAGAGAAGAGAAAGUACUGAAUUUGAGUGAUCUUGGACAUUUCUUGGCAACGUGGGAAGGAGCAUCAUUUUCACGUGUAGAUAAGAAGACGGUUCGGAGACUUGUUCAACGUUUAGAAGAAGCUGGUUUGGUGAAGACAAUGUCUGUGGACAUGCCUCACAUAUUGGAAAGAGAGUCACCUCAGCAGAUUCGACUUGUUACGUUGCCUGAACUAGGUGAAAAUUCCUCAGAGAUUGAAGAAUUUCUUCGUCAAUGGAGUUCUUCAGCGGGAUGGAAAAUGUUUACAAGCACGACAAAAGAAGAAACAGGCAGUGCAACGAAUACUACGAAGAACAUUGUUACGCUUUCCUCAAGACAUCAAACCAAUACACCAACAGAUGGGCAAGAAUCGUCAAAGAUUUUUCUCGGUUUAGGAAAGAUGUUGCAUGGAAGAAGGCUGCAUUUGCAUUUGUUCCGAUAUUUUUUGAAGAAUCGACCGAGUUUCAACGACUCACCAGGAACGAUGCAAUUAGAUGUUGUUAUAAAAACUAUGAAAACAGAGGACUUUUUGGAGUUAUUUGGUGAUUCUUCUUGUAUGCAUUGGGUACCAUCAGACGCAAGACAUUUUCCGAUAAGUGCUCUUCCGGAGAAUAUCGCCGCAAAAUUGUUUCGUUCCCGUCCAAUUAACAGAAAGUUGAGCUUACUUGUUGACCUCCUGGAAAGGCUGCUUCUGUUAUCUAAACUUCCGAAUUUUCGGUGUAUUCUAUCUACAGAGAUUCUUGUCUGUGGUUGGGAUGACACUACUACCAAGUUUACUUUUCGUGACAUUGCCGAUGUUGAUAAAUUUUGGUUCUAUUUGCAAAGCAACUGCUUGCUAUUCUCCUCAAAAAAGAGAAGAAUGCUAGGACAUCAUAAAACAUACGAAGGCGAAGAUGAAACCCAAAAAUUGUGUUUGCAUAAUCUUUUUCCAGAAGCAUAUAAUCGAAAGCAGUGGUGCGACAAAAUUUGGAAACUACCUAAAAAUUCUCGUUCAGAGUUGAGCGCUUCAGUGAAAGCUCAGUUGCUUGCAAUCCAAGGCAAUAUAACCCAUGAGUCUCUUUGUGAGUUGUCCGAAUAUUUUCAACUGGAUAUUUGCGAAAUUUUUACAGAAGCAAUUCGUGAAUCUAAUAGAAGUAAGGAACGUAUCAAUCCUAUCCGAAAGGAUUCGUUACAUGACAACAGUCAUUCACCACAGUCGAUGAGUGAAGAAAAUUUCUGUUUAGAAAGAAAAGAUGAGGAAAUAGAUUCCUUUGCACGAAGAAAGAGAAAAUCUUCUUCGGAUUGGCCGAAUGCCAAACUAUCGAAGAGAGCAUUUUCUAAGGAGAAAGUGUCGACGUCCCAAGCUUCUAAGGAUUCCUCGAUAGAUGGAAGAACUCAACGAAAGAAAAGAUCUGUCAGGACAUCAUGGACCGAUAAUCAAGACAAAGAGCUUAUCAUUUAUGUUUUUGAUCAAAAAAUAUCCGAAAUAGAAAAAUCUGUGGAAGUUUUAGGAAAGCGAGAUGUAUAUUCGGUUUUACACGCAAAAGUGCGAAGUUGGGAUGCAGUUGGUUUGAAUCUCGGACACAAUGGACAAGCAUGCAAGAGGCGCUUCCUCACUUUAUAUAGGACUUUUCCUUAUAAUGAGAUUAUUUCUCAGCUCUGUCAAUAUAUUGUAGAAUCUUGGAGGAAUAACAGCCUAAGAAAAUUUCAGAACAGAUCUGUAGUGGAAAGCUUGCUUCCUUUGAAGAACUCUGUGGAAGUAACUCCCAAAAUUGAUCCUUUGAACCUGUCUGAAAUAGAAGAUAUUCCAAAUUCUGUCGAAGAGCUCAUGAUGCAAUACGAUAUCGAUACCUUACAUGGCACAAGAACGAGUUCAUUGACAGGAGGAAAGGAGAAUAAACAAGAACAUCAUGGACAUGAAGCAACCAAUGUGGGUUCCUUAGCUCCUAAGAUGGUUGCUAUAGAAGAACUAAUAAAGUUGGUACUACGUGAAUCUGAGGACACAUAUGUUCCAGAAAGAGGAAUGUCUAUUUUGAAUCGGUUUACAGAGGAAGAGCUUAAGGUAGCAUUGGAUGAUCUUCGCCAAAGAGGAACAGUCGUCAGUCAGAGAGCUGAUCGGCAUAAUCGAGAAUACAGUGUGUCGUGGAAGAUUUUAAAGAUUACGAGCGAAAACUCCUUUGGGGAUUCGUUUCAGGAAGAAUAUUCUAGUGCAAGAAAGAGUCUUGUUGAUAAAGCAGCCUUGGAUAAGGAAAUUGUUAUCGAUAAAGAUAGUCAGCAAAGUGGUUCGAUUGCUGCUAUAUUAUCUCUUGCAUCAACCGGUAACUUUCUUUUGUAUCCAAAUGUAGAUAAGACAUAUUUUGAGACUAUUAAAGCGAAAGGUCUUUCUAAGAGCGUUGGUUCUGGUGGAAUAGGAUUUCAUUUGAAGCAGUAUUCCGAUACAAUAAGUCUGUCUCGUGUAUCCUCCCGAGACGAUAUUCCACAUUGGAACAUAAACUUGAUUCCAUUAGAUAUCCUUGAAGUCUUUUUGUCUCAUGAUGAUUGCAACUCAGAGGAGAGGCUUGAUUUGCCAUUUUGCUCUUUUGACGACAGCGAAGAACAUGAUACCGAGUUUUCCAUUUCUGUUGUGGCCAACUACAGUGAAGUGAAGAUUGAGGAAAUUCAGGUACUUGUGGAGCAAAUCCAUUCCUCGGAAGAGAAUGGAAUGACAAUGAAUGAAAUAAUGGACCAUAAUCCUAAAUGGACUAAACUGCAAGUACACCAAGUUUUGCAAGGACUUGUACAUUUUCGAAUCGUUUAUGUCUCUUUCAUUCACGGAGACGAAGUGAGAUUUCUGAGUCAAAGAUUCGCGAAACGUUUUCUCCUUCCCAAAGGCGAUGAAGAAACGGAAACAUCAAGUCAACAAACGAUUCCAUUUCCCUGGACAAACCUUGCAGGAGUUACAGAUACGAAUUUUUUAAUGGAGCUUCAGUAUUGGAUUCUAUAUGUCAUUAUGAGUCACCCUGGCAUUGAAGAGAAUUAUUUAUGGAACAUAUUGCGAGAGUCAGAAGUGCCACUUGCUUCAGUUCGUACCAUGAUUGAAUGGCUGGAAAAGGAUGGCAGAAUUUCAAAGUUACAACGAUUAGUAGAUAAUAUGGGUUAUGUCACCUACUACGUUCCGGAACAAAAUUGUAUGGGUUCAAUUGCACAAUAGAUAUGCAAUAAAUGAAAUCCGGAUGUUUAGUUUCCAUUGGAUCACUUGUUGAUUUGAAGUAAAUGGGAUGCGAAGUGAGGUUCAAU